AAAAAAAAGCUCAGAUUGAUACGGUUCUCAUGAUACUGGACCAGGAUAAGCUCAAUAUCCCAUCGGAACUGGUUCUUUUCCAGGCAUUAGAGGUUUAUGCUAAACAGUUUGACACCGCUUCAUCGAAGCCGGAUCGCCCGAAAAUUCGUGAUGCCAUCUGUCGUAUCCGUUUCCUUGCAAUGACGGCGGACGAGUUGUCCAAAGGUCCCGCCAGAUCGUCUCUACUUACACAACAGGAGGUUUGCGACAUUUUUAUGAAACUAUCGAAUCCGUCCGGGAAUGCUUCGAUGCCGAAAGGAUUUUCCACUAGCAGAAAACGUAGGAUUCUGCCGCAGAUUCAACUACAGAAUCGCCAGUUGGUUCUGCAUGACUCAUCAAAUCUGGUUGCAGUGCUAGCUGAGCUUUGUUGAGCUACGCUAAGAACAUUUGAUUUUUAAGUGAUACUGGUUCAGCUACAGUGUAAAAAAUGGCAGACACAUUCGGGAAACGACCCUUCAGAUUCAGCCUAGACACCAAACGUACGAGAAGUUCAACCAAAAACCCAUCACGAGCGAAACACGAAGCCGUGGAUUGGCAGAUUUCGCGUCACGAUAUCAAAUCCCGGGGCCAUUAUCUGUUCGACACUGGAACAUUGACUGAUUGCAACUUUUUGGUCGGUAGAGAACCGAAAGAUCAAAAACUGAUUGCGGCUCACAAAUUGAUUCUGGCGAUGGCUUCACCGGUUUUUCACACGAUGUUCUACGGAAGUCUUCCCGAGAAUAACAUAAUGAUUCAUGUGACGGAUCUGAACCACGCGGCAUUUCACACUUUACUCAAGUACAUUUAUACCGAUGAAAUAACAAUUGAUUCAGUGGAUGACGCCAUCGAACUUUACCACGCAGCCAAAAAGUAUAUGCUGUCGUUUGUCGUCGAACAAUGUCUGGCAUUUAUACUGGCCAAGCUGACUCCUAAAACUGCGUUUCGGGUGUACGAAUUUGCCACCUUUUUUGAUGAACCUAAAUUGAAGAAGCGUUCUCUUGAAAUCAUACGCAAUCAAACAUUGGAAGCCAUUCAGGAUGACAGUUUCCAGAAUGCUGAAGUCGAAACAGUGAUGAUGGUUGUGGAACAAGAUCGGCUUCAAAUUACUUCCGAGUUGGAAUUGUUUGAGGCAAUCAACAAAUAUGCAACGAAAAGUCCUACAUUCCAUCCCGAGUUCAAUAGAGAUUCGAUAAACUGCAAAGAAACUCAAACUGUAUCGGCUCAGUUCAUUGUUCCAUUGAAAGGUAAAGAAGUUGAAACUACAACGUCUACGCCUACAGCAUCGGAUGAAAAACUGCAGCCGAAUCCGUCGGAUAAUGAAUCAUCAGAGCCGGACGAUAAACCGAAAGAAUCCGCCGUGGCCGUUGGUACCAAAGAACCACCAACCGAACCGUCACAUUCGGAGGAUUCAGAACAGCAACCGGCAUCCAUUACCAUUCGGGAUCUGGUCCGGCGUAUUCGAUUCUUGACCUUGUCAGCGCAACAAUUUGCCGAAGGACCGCUGAAGACUAAGCUGUUGACACAACCCGAAAGUUUUGCCAUUUUGGCCAACAUUGCUUCGCCAGACUCUGGUAUUCCAAUGCCCGAAGGUUUUAGCACUAAUCGAACUACAAGAAAUGGUUCGUUCUCGUUUAAGCGCGGUGGUAGUGACGCUUUCUCUAAUAUAUGAAAUAAACAUACUGAAUAAAGGGAAA